AUGAAUUCAGAACAAAUAAUUGAAUCAGAAACUUCUGACGAAAGCUGCAUGUCUUCAGUUGACGAGCUCGAAACAAGUAAUAUUAACAAUGAGGAUUUAAGUGCUAAUACUGAGACGUUUCAAUUGGGGAUAGGUGGCAUGGAAGUUCCGCAUGAAAAAGAGGAUUUUCGUAGGGUGCUUACACCUUUAAGCAAAGACCAGCUUGUAGAAUUAUUGGCUGGAGCAUGUAUUGAGAAUCAAGAGAUUUUACGAAGAGUCUUUGAGGUUAUUUGUGAGAGCAGAUCCCAUAGACGUCUAUAUAUAAAGAAUCUACCAUUUUCUGCAAACACUGAGUCGGUAAUAGAAGUUUUUUCCCAAUUUGGAGAUGUAGAAGAAGGAAUAGUUCUCAAAAAGGAUGGAAAAUCCAGAGGCUAUGCAUUUGUUACCUUCAAAACAAUAGAAUCAGCGCUUCUUGCUUGUAAGAGCCCAGUGAAUAUGAGUGGUAGGUUCUUAAUGGUAAAGCUUGCAGCUGAUCCUUUUCCAUUUGAGACGAAAAGAUCUGAUGCAAUUCGUAGAAAGCUUUUCGUUAGAAAUUUAGGAUUUGAAACUAAUGAGGAAUCUUUGUCAGCAGUUAUGGGACAAUAUGGUGAACUUGAAGAGUCGGUUAUUUUGAGAACAAAGUCAGGAGAAUCUAAAGGUUAUGGAUUUGUAACUUUUGCUAGCACUGAAGCUACAAUCAAAGCACUUCAACAACCACACCAUCUUAUCGAUGGCAGAUUGGUUUUUGUGCACCAAGCAAUAGAAGGUAAGACACGUAUUGUUAAAAAUAGAGAAAAUUACUCAUUGAAUGGUUCAAAACAAACAAAUUACGAAAAUAAAAGUGUUGAAAGUAAAGAUUUAUUACCAAACUCUUUUAAUCUUGGUCAAGUACUAUCAUCUUCUCUACCUUCUUCAUCGUCAUCUUCAACAUCUUCUUUAUCGUCCACUUUUGAUUUUAGAUACAUCAAUGGUGAACUUUCUAAAGAUUCAUCUUUUGUACACUUAAUGGAAAAACCAAGUUCAAUUAAUGAUUUCAACAUGAAAUAUACUGGAGCUAACAGGGUUUUAUUUGAUAAUGAGUAUCUUAACCCUGCUAAUGAUGUUGAUUCAAAUUUGAGCAAUUUCUCUGAUUUAAUGAAUGAUUGCAAUUUAAUUGAGAGUAGCUCAGCAAAUCAAGGUAACAAUAAUAUUAAUAUGCGUUUCUAUAAGGUUAAAGAUCAUCAAAAUCUAAAGCUAGAUCAUUCAAAUGGUUUCAAUAUCCCAGCGAAAAGUAAUAAUCUAACGAGAUUUGAGAUUCCUGGUAAUACGAACUUUAAUACUCGAAACAGAAUUAGCAUUGAUGCAAGAUCAACGAAGGCCGUCCAUCUUCUGAAUAAUGACGACCCUUCUGAGAGAAAUUAUAGCAUUUCCGUGGAUGGAAAUGUCUUUUCAAACAAUAUUAACAAUAACCUUAAUAACAAUAAUGAGAUAUGGCAUUUACCAAAAAAUAUCAAACCUAACUCUUUCCUGAAUAUGCAUGUAAAGGCGCCAACAUACAAAAAUUUACCGGUAGAUUUAUCCUUUUCCACACAUUGGGGAACUUCCAAUGAUUUUAAAACCAAAAUGAAAUCUAACAUGGGUGAGAUAAACAUUCCAAGUACUGAAUACAACGAAUUUGGUGAGGGCUCUGCAUAUAACUUUUAUUAUAAGGAGUCACAACGAUUUCCUAUCGGUAAGGCGGCUUCAUGGAAUAACUUUGUAGAUAGAUUUAGUCAUAAUUUCGAUUCUGACAAUUUUCUAAAAAACAAAAACAUAAAUGGAAAGUGCGACUCAAAACAAAUUGCAUCACCAUCUUUGAUUCUAGACAAAAGAUUUGCAGCUUUUUGA